GUUGCAUUUUUAUGUCAACCUCUGGAGCGGCGGCAGCUGCAGCAGCAGGAGGCCACCAUGUCUGGGAUUGCAGCUAAAUUAGCAAAGGAGAGGGAAACGGCCAGGGGCUUAGGAUCCAACGCAAAAGCCGUGAAAUACUUAAACCAGGACUUUCAGGCGCUGAGGAACGAGUGUCUUGAGGCAGGGAAACUCUUCCAAGACCCCGCCUUCCCCGCGGCUGCCUCCUCUCUGGGCUACAAUGAACUGGGACCAAACUCUUACAAAACUAGAGGCAUCGUCUGGAAACGUCCGACGGAGUUGUGUUCAAAUCCUCAGUUUAUUGUUGGAGGGGCCACCCGCACUGAUAUCUGCCAAGGAGCUUUAGGAGACUGCUGGCUGUUGGCAGCUAUUGCCUCUCUCACUUUGAAUGAAGAGGUUUUGGCUAGAGUUGUUCCUAGUGAUCAAAGCUACCAGGACAGAUAUGCAGGAAUCUUCCACUUCCAGUUCUGGCAGUAUGGGGAGUGGGUGGAUGUUGUUGUUGAUGACAGACUGCCCACCAAAGAUGGAGAACUCCUCUUUGUCCAUUCAGCAGAGGGGAGUGAGUUCUGGAGUGCCCUGCUGGAGAAGGCCUAUGCCAAGGCGAAUGGAUCCUAUGAGGCACUCUCUGGCGGAAGCACCACCGAGGGCUUUGAGGACUUCACCGGUGGAAUUGCCGAGUGGUAUGAGCUGCAAAAAGCACCACCCAACCUAUUCAAAAUCAUCCAGAAGGCUCUUCAAAAAGGCUCUCUCCUUGGAUGCUCUAUUGAUAUCACAAGUGCUGCAGAGACCGAGGCUGUCACCACACAAAAGCUGGUCAAAGGACACGCAUACUCUGUAACAGGCGCAGAGGAGGUGAAUUUCCGAGGUAGCAUGCAGAAAUUGAUCAGAAUUCGAAACCCCUGGGGACAAGUAGAAUGGACUGGAAAAUGGAAUGAUAACUGCCCAAGUUGGAAUAAUGUUGAUCCUAAAGUGAGAGAGCGAUUAACCAGGAGACAUGAAGAUGGAGAAUUUUGGAUGUCAUUCAGUGAUUUCCUGAGGCAUUACUCCCGCCUUGAGAUCUGCAACUUGACUCCAGACACACUGACCAGUGACAGGUACAAGAAAUGGAGCCUGACCAUGAUGGAUGGGAACUGGAGAAGAGGAUCCACUGCGGGUGGCUGCAGAAAUUACCCUGAUACAUUUUGGAUGAACCCACAGUAUUUGAUUAAACUUGAGGAAGAAGAUGAAGAUCUGGAUGAUCCUGAGAGAGGCUGCACCUUCCUGGUUGGCCUGAUUCAAAAACAUCGCCGGAAGCAAAGGAAGAUGGGAGAGGAUAUGCACACCAUUGGCUUUGCCAUCUAUGAGGUGCCUCCUCAGUCUUCUGGCAAGACAAACAUCCACCUAAGCAAAAAUUACUUUCUAACGAACCGAGCCAAAGAACGAUCAAACACUUUCAUCAACCUCCGAGAAGUGUUGAACCGGUUCAAGCUUCCUCCAGGAGAGUACAUUGUUGUGCCAUCCACUUUUGAACCCAACAAGAAUGGGGAUUUCUGCCUCCGCUUCUUCUCUGAAAAGAAUGCAGAUUCACAAGUUGUUGAUGAUGAAAUUGAGGCCAGUAUUGAAGAGAAAGAAAUAACUGAAGCUGAAAUUGAGCCCAGCUUUAAGAAACUCUUUGGGCAGUUAGCUGGAGAGGACAAUGAGAUCUCAGCCUUUGAACUGUGUAAUAUUCUGAGAAAAAUAAUGGCAAAACGCCAAGACAUUAAGUCAGAUGGUUUCAGCAUUGAAACAUGCAAGAUUAUGGUUGAUCUGCUAGAUUCUGAUGGAAGUGGUAAACUGGGACUGAAGGAGUUUCACAUACUGUGGACAAAGAUCCAGAAAUACCAGAAAAUUUACCGGGAUAUGGAUGUAGAUCGUUCCGGAACGAUGAACUCCUAUGAGAUGCGAAAAGCCUUGGAACAAGCAGGCUUCAAACUGGAUUGCCAGUUGCACCAAGUCAUCGUAGCGAGAUUUGCUGAUGAGCAGCUGAUCAUCGAUUUUGACAAUUUUGUUAGGUGCCUGAUUCGACUGGAAACCUUGUUCAAAAUCUUUAAGAAACUGGAUACUGAGAAAACAGGAACAAUACAGAUGAACCUUGUCACAUGGGUGUGCUUUACUAUCAUAUGAAGAAGGACCACACCUGAGAUGAAGAUUUCUGGGAAUAUGUGCAACAGUUUAAAGACUAAUAUACAACAUGCCAAAAACAAACAAACCCUACCAUAUUCCAGUACUGGUCUGUGCCUUAUAUUUAUGGAUGAAGCUACUGAGGGAGAGGAAUACUGAAUAAGCAGAACAAAUGCACACAAUAGCAAUGCCUUGGUAGCUUUAGUAUACAAGCUUUUAACUUUAUAUAAAAAUUUAUACUAUUUGCUUGGA